GAUCGAGUGCUGGUCUUGUUUCAUUCGCUUGUCCCAGUUCUUGGCACUGUGCUACUAGGAAAUUGGCAGACUACUCAGCGAUGGUGGCUACUGAACGCGAUUCUUUGCUCCCCACUCUCGAUACAUCCCUUCCUGCGGCGAGAACAAAUGUCGAACGCCAGCUGGGUCCACUGGAAAUAUCAAGGUCUACCCGCUUUAUGAUACUGGCGGGUCUUUGGUCUGCUACGUUUCUCUCUGCUCUGAACACAACACUCGUCGCGACAUUGCUGCCUUCCAUCUCGUCCGACUUCAACAAAUCAAACCAAGCUAGUUGGCUCGGCACAUCAUAUCUCCUCGCGCAUUGCACCAUUACGCCUUUGUAUGGCCGUUUAUCUAAUGUCAUGGGACGGCGUGGUGCCAAUCAGCUGGCAGUAGUGUCAGCUGCAUUAGGCACUCUUGCUUGUGGUCUCUCUGGGAAUAUGGAAGUCUUGAUUGCUGCUAGAUUCCUUGGAGGUAUGGGAGGAGGUGGCAUUUUCACAACGUCCACGAUUAUCACAAGUGACAUGUAUAGCAUACGCUCAAGAGGAUUAACCCAAGGAGUAUCAAAUCUUUUCAAUGGGCUUGGCAUGGGCCUAGGGGGCCCUAUUGGGGGUCUGAUCAGUGACCGAUUUGGAUGGCGCUGGGCUUUCUUGAUCCAAAUGCCUCUCUUUAUUCUUUCCCUGAUCCUAACGUCAUACAACCUACGUUACGUGACGCCAGGAAAGGGAAAAAGCACGAAAGAAGUACUGAAGCGAAUCGACUAUGGUGGCAGUAUCACCCUUUUGGUGGCGGUUGGUUCUUUCUUGGUAUUCCUGAGCACCAAAUACAAUGAAGAACAGUCGUGGAACCACCCGUUGGUCAUAACUUCUUUGGUUCUUUCUGGUGUUUUCUUCCUACUUUUCGUCAUAUUUGAACUUCUUAUUGCCCCUGAACCUGUUUUGGCACCAUUUCUCCUUCGACAGAAAAUUCCAGUGCUCGUUGGAAUCAGCAACUUCCUCGUCGCAAUGUGCAAUUUCGCAGUUAUGUAUUUCUUCCCAACGUGGUUCCAAACUGUCGCUCUCACAAGUGCUUCUACUGCUGGAUUACAUCUCCUUCCAAACAGUAUGUCGAUGUCGAUUGGGUCCUUAUUUGCUGGGUAUUUGAUGCAUCGUACUGGAAAGUACAAAUUACUUAACCUGACAUUCGGAAUUCUUCCGUUUAUUGGUAUCGUCCUAAUCACUUUCAUGCGCGAGGACUCUGGGCCUCUGCAGAUGUGGUUAAGCAUUAUUCCUCUUGGCUUCGGUAAUGCCGUCGUAUUACAAACGAUGCUCAUCGCGCUUUUGGCACAUAUUCCGAAGUCCUCCAUGGCAGUGGGAACUGGUUUUGGACAGGUUUUUCGAGGUCUCGGACAAGUAGGGGGCGUUGCCGUAUCCUCUGCUAUCUUUCAAUCAAAAUUAGAUUCUGAACUACGAAACCGGAUUCACACCCCGAACGCUGAAGAGAUGAUCAACAAAAUUCGACACUCGGCUCGUCUUGUGGGUAGUUUACCGCCUGACUUGCAGCGCGCUGCCAGAGACUCGUACGCUAUUAGUUUAAGGGCUGUCUUCACUCUGGCGGCUUGUUCCACGUUCUUGGCGUUCCUUGUGCGCCUACCGAUUCCUGAGAAGACUUUGGAUGACGAUGAACCUGUGAAACAGACAAACACUAUUACUUCACCUAUCGGUGAAGAAUCUGCCAUACAAACGUCUCCGGUCUCUGGCGAAGCUGUGGACGAUGAUGACGAUGAUAAUGACAUAUCUCCUUCACUCCCCAGGCCAGUGGUCCGCCCUCGUAGGAGGCUUUCGACUUUCGAAUCUGUCGAUGGAGGCCUUGAUUUGGAAAGCGACACAGUCGGGGGAUCCGCAAGACAGCGUUGAAAGAGCUACCAUGAGCCAAUGAAAGGCCAAGCAAGAAAACAAACGACUAUCCCCAAAUUUCUGGCAUGCGGAUGAAUCCUUUUCACUUUACAAUAAUUUUUUUUUUUGCAAAGCUCCUAUGGACAAAACUUAGCAUUUCUUUGCAUCCCUCGAUCAUUGUCUAUAACAAUCCACCAAAUAAAAUACUACUUUCGCUAAGCUUCGAGAUUUUAGCAGAUGUUUCGUUGUCCUUCCCAGGGGGGACCACCUCCAAGUCCAACUCCUCGAAUAUCGCAAUGCCACUGGCUACUGCCCAUGUGAUCGCGCGCAUAAUGACGAGUACGCAGAAUAACCCAGAUAUAAAGCCAAGGCAGACCAGAGUCGACUCUUUAGAGGAUUUGUGCUGCGAGGGAGAAAGCCAUCCUGAUCUGAGAGCUACAAUGCCCCCUACAAUGAGAUAUAUAAACGAUAACAAGGGGGCACAAAACCAGAAAAUGCUUUCUUGAGAAAGGUCUGGGUCGGC